AAGUUAAACAUUUGGGGUUUUGAAUUUUUUUUGGAUGGAAACGGGAUCGUCUAACCCGAUGAUGGGGAGGUUUACUACGUCAUGGAAGCUUUUGGCAAUAAGCUUGUCGGUACUAGCCGUGCUCUCGCCUCUCUACAUUGAUAGCUUAUCAGAGGAAGAUCUAGAAGAGGAGGAAGAACUCUUCAGCUUUAUGUUUUGCCUCUCUGUGCUUCUUUUCUUGUUGAUUUUGGCCAUUGCCUCAUCCCUGUAUUAUGACCCGAGCUUGACCAGGUUUGAUCCUUACUGGAUUCACAGGCUAUGUGGUUCGUUUGGUGGGUUGCUUGUCAUCCUCAUCGUUCUUGUUUUCGUCUUGAUGUGCAAAGCCUCUGCUUAGAGUGAAAGUUGAUUUGA